AUGACUCUCCUGGAAGGCUGUGUGGGGGUGGAGGACCUCGUGCUCCUGGAACCUCUGGAGCAGGAGCCUCUGCUCAAGAACCUCCAGCUGCGCUAUGAAAACAAGGAGAUUUAUACCUACAUUGGGAACGUGUUGAUCUCUGUGAAUCCCUACCAGCAGCUGCCCAUCUAUGGUCCGGAGUUCAUUGCCAAAUACCGGGACUAUACCUUCUAUGAGCUAAAGCCCCACAUCUAUGCUUUGGCGAAUGUGGCAUACCAGUCACUGAGGGACCGGGACCGAGACCAGUGUAUCCUCAUAACGGGCGAGAGUGGAGCUGGCAAGACUGAGGCCAGUAAGCUUGUGAUGUCUUAUGUGGCGGCAGUCUGUGGGAAAGGGGAGCAGGUGAACUCUGUGAAGGAGCAUCUGCUUCAGUCAAACCCAGUGCUGGAGGCUUUUGGCAAUGCCAAGACCAUUCGCAACAACAACUCCUCUCGAUUUGGAAAAUACAUGGAUAUUGAGUUUGACUUCAAGGGAGCCCCCCUCGGUGGAGUCAUCACAAACUAUCUGCUUGAGAAAUCCCGAGUGGUGAAGCAGCUUGACGGAGAAAGGAACUUCCACAUCUUCUAUCAGCUACUGGCCGGAGCAGAUACGCACCUGCUGGAGGCCCUGAAGCUCGAGCGGGACACAAGUCGCUAUGCCUAUCUGAACCAGAAAGUAUCUAGAAUUGAUGGCAUGGAUGACGCCUCCAACUUCGUGUCUGUACAGAAUGCAAUGACUGUGAUUGGGUUCUCGGAGGUGGAAAUUCAACAGGUGCUAGAGGUGACUGCUCUGGUGCUGAAGCUGGGGAACGUGGAGCUAGGAGAUGAGUCCCAGGCCAAUGGGAUAUCAGCAAGUAGCAUCCGUGAUGAGAGAGGUGUCCAGGAGAUUGGGGAAAUGAUGGGUUUGAAUUCAGAGGAACUAGAGAAAGCUUUGUGCUCAAGGACCAUGAAAACAGCUAAAGAGAAGGUGGUCACUACACUGAAUGUCAUCCAGGCUCAGUAUGCUCGGGACGCUCUGGCUAAGAACAUCUACAGCCGCCUUUUCAACUGGAUAGUGAAUCGAAUCAAUGAGAGUAUCAAGGUGGGCAUUGGGAAAAAGAAGAAGGUAAUGGGGGUCCUGGAUAUCUACGGCUUUGAAAUUUUAGAGGACAAUAGCUUUGAGCAGUUUGUGAUCAACUACUGCAAUGAGAAGCUGCAGCAGGUGUUCAUCGAGAUGACGCUGAAAGAGGAGCAAGAGGAGUAUAAGAGAGAGGGCAUACCGUGGACAAAGGUGGACUACUUUGAUAAUGGCAUUAUCUGUAACCUCAUUGAGCAUAAUCAGCGAGGCAUCCUGGCCAUGCUGGAUGAGGAGUGCCUACGGCCUGGGGUGGUCAGUGACUCCACCUUCCUAGCGAAGCUGAACCAGGUCUUCUCCAAGCAUGAUUACUAUGAGAGCAAAGUCACCCAGAACGCCCAGCGCCAGUAUGACCACACCAUGGGCCUCAGCUGCUUUCGCAUCUGCCACUAUGCGGGCAAGGUGACUUACAACGUGAACAGCUUCAUUGAUAAGAACAACGACCUACUCUUCCGGGACUUGUCCCAGGUCAUGUGGAAGGCCCAGCACUCCCUCCUUCGGUCCUUGUUCCCUGAGGGAGAUCCCACGCAGGCGUCUCUCAAACGCCCUCCAACUGCUGGGACCCAAUUCAAGAGUUCUGUGGCCGUACUCAUGAAGAACCUGUAUUCCAAAAACCCCAACUAUAUCAGGUGUAUAAAGCCCAAUGAGCAUCAGCAGCGAGGGCAGUUCUCGUCGGAGCUGGUGGCUACCCAGACUCGGUACCUGGGACUGCUAGAGAAUGUGCGGGUACGUCGGGCAGGCUAUGCCUACCGCCAGAGGUACGGGCCUUUCCUGGAAAGGUACCGAUUGCUGGGGCGGAGCACGUGGCCUCGCUGGAAUGGAGGAGACAGGGAGGGAGUUGAGAAGGUCAUGGGGGAGCUGAGCUUGUCCUCAGAGGAGCUGGCCUUCGGAGAGACAAAGAUCUUCAUCAGAAGCCCUAGGACUCUGUUCUACCUGGAAGAGCAGCGGCGCCUGAGAUUGCAGCAGCUGGCCACGCUCAUCCAGAAGAUCUACCGGGGCUGGCGCUGCCGCACCUACUACCAGCUGAUGCGCAAGAGUCAGAUCCUCAUUUCCUCUUGGUUUCGAGGCAACAUGCAAAAGAAACGCUAUGAGAAGAUAAAGGCAUCAACAGUGCUGAUCCAGGCUUUUGUGAGAGGGUGGAAGGCCCGCAAGGAUUAUCGAAAAUACUUCCGGUCGGGAGCUGCCCUCACCUUGGCAGAUUUCAUCUACAAGAGCAUAACACAGAAGUUCUUGUUGGGGCUGAGGAACAAUUUGCCAUCUACCAAUAUCCUGGACAAAACGUGGCCCGCAGCCCCGUACAGGUGCUUCAACACAGCGAACCAGGAGCUGCGGCAGCUCUUCUACCAUUGGAAGUGCAAGAAAUUCCGGGAUGGACUGUCCGCGAAGCAGGUAGAGAUCCUGAAGGAGAAGCUCUGUGCCAGUGAACUGUUCAAGGACAAGAAGGCUUCCUACCCCCAGAGUGUCCCCAUUCCAUUCUGCGGUGACUACGUUGGGCUGCAAGGGAACCCCAAGCUGCAGAAGCUGAAGGGCGGGGAGGAAGGUUCUGUUCUGAUGGCAGACACUGUGAAGAAGGUCAAUCGUGGCAAUGGCAAGAUUUCCUCUAGAAUUCUUCUCUUGACCACGGGGCAUGUGAUUCUGAUAGAUGCCAAGAAGUCCCAGGCCAAAACUGUCAUUGGACUAGAUAGUGUGACCGAGGUGUCAGUCACCAGCUUCAAGGAUGGGCUUUUCAGCUUGCAUCUGAGUGAGAUAUCCUCGGUGGGCUCCAAGGGGGACUUCCUGCUGGUUAGCGAACAUGUGAUCGAACUGCUAACCAAAAUGUACCAGGCUGUGCUGGAUGCCACACAGAGGCAGCUUCAAAUCACUGUGACUGAGAAGUUUUCGGUGAGGUUCAAGGAGAGCAGUGUGGCUGUCAAGGUCAUCGAAGGCCCCGAGGGUGGUAAGGACGACAAGCUAAGAUGCAAGAAGAAGGGGAGCCGUUGCCUGGAAGUGACUGUAUAGUGAAGAGGUGGGGGCCUGAUGCAGAGACAGCAGCUUCUCUGGACCUGUGCCAAUCCCACCCACCCUGUUUGUAUGAGGAUCUCGUGUCUCACCCCUCUCUGUGGUGUGGGGCUCAGAGAUUGAGGAACCCUUGAAGAGGACCUUUAUUCUCUUAAACUCUCCUAGGUCCCUCUCCCUUAGAACUUAGCUUCCUCCCACCCUCAGCUGAU